ACCGUCGCUUGCCUCUAGUACCGGCUUUUCAUAAGGAAUAAACCAACUAAAAGCGAAUUUACGAGUCUUUAUGUAGAAGAGUAGUUGUCUAUCUCUAUUAUUAUGAUUUUAUGCAAAAGGCAUACACAAUGAAACGUCCCACGCACAAUGCGCUCAGUUAUUGGACUACAAAUUGAAGGUGACGUCAUCUCCGGUCGCCCGGCUGUUGAAGAAUCAUUCAAAACUGUUGGCGCUAAUAGCUGCCCACCGUGCACUUACUCUAGUGAAGCUAACUGAAUUCAUGAGAAUGGCUCCUAUCAAACUUGUCAUUAAGUGUGGGAACUAUGCUGUGCUGGUGGAUCUCCACGUUCUAUCCCUGGGCGGCCAAGAGGACACUAGCUGGUUCACUACGAGCCACAUCGAGGAGGUUACAACCCUGGUUCAAGAUUCUGUGGACCAGAGGGUUAAGCAGUAUACCGAGUUCCUCCGCAAUAGAAGACAGCCCAAACAGAAGAAGGAGCUGGCAUCAGCUUCAGCCUUUUCUGUGGAAGGUGAAAAAUUCAACCUGGUGGCCAAUUUUCUGAAGCGACACUCCAGUCUCAGAUGUAUUGUCAAGCAGGAUUUGCGUGUGUUUCCCGAACGAUAUGUUGUGUGUGUGAGCCGUCCAGAAGAUGCCUCAGCGCACCAUAGAAACCCGAGCCUGCCCGCGACUGAGCUGUGCGAACAAAGCAGAUCGGAAUAUUUUUCCAGUGUGGGAGAAACCCAAGAGCCUUUAAACAGCCCCACAAAAACAAAGAAGACUGUGCUUCAAAAGAUAGCCAAACAAGCCAGUGUCCAGCAAGACCUUUGUGGUUCCACUAUGGCAGAGCAGCAGAUUGACCAGAGAGUCUGUGCUGAAAACCAGAAACCGGAACUUCAAGUUGUCAAGUCAGAAUCAGGCUCAGUGAGUCUGUCCAGAUCUGAACAGAAGGUCCUGUCAGAGGCAAACCACAAGGUGCCUUGCUCCAGUGCAUUAACUGUAGCAGGAGCUCUAAUUGGGACUACUCAAAAGCAGGAGCGGCAUGCUGAGAACGAUCUUCCAGACUGUAUCAACCUAAAUGGGACCUCAGCAGGUUUCUGCCAAAAUGAAAUCAGUCAGGAGACCAGCACGAGCAAGAGGUGCAAGCUGAGUGAUGCUGGGGAAGACCCUCACCCACACGGGGCCAAGAGGACGUGCCUUGGAAGACCUCCAGCCCUAAUGCAAACUUACUCUGCACAAACAUCCAAGCACGACCUCCUUCCUCUGCCACCCCUCCCUCCACUUGAAGCCAAGGCAGAGUCCCAGGCUUCCCCUGUCUCAGAGUGCAAGAAAACCACACUGGAAGUAGAGCUGCUUACUCCAGGGAAACAAGCCCAAAGGCUCUCCCUCACAAGCAAUAACACGGCACAGACAAACCAAAACAGGCUGGCCGCAAGUCUGAGGAGCCUAUCUGUCAAGCCUGCAUCCUCAGGCUCCUCUAUUGGUUCCAGAUCCACACUCAGAGAGGAGUGGAGUGAAAAUGUGCCCAGAACCUCUAGAUUACGACGACUGAAGAGGUCCUGAGGGGGAGAGAGAGACAGGCUACAGUAAAGAUGCCUGACGCCACAGAAAUAGAGAUGAGACUCUGUCAGACUACAUGCUUCCCCCAUACUGUCCAUGUGGUCUGCUCAGAUGACUUGCAUUUGUGCUUGUGUCACUUUUUACUGCGAUAUCUGUUCUUUUCACAUAUGCUGCACACGCACAGAUCAAAUGCUGAACACAUUAUGGCAACUGAUACAUGUGCAUUUGAGUUAUGCUUUGUCAAAUACUUGAAACGGAUCUCUGCCUCCACCCAUAAGUAGUGGUGGUCAAGAACAGCUCGCAAAUGAAAGUCAAAAACCUUUAAUUGGAGUUAAGAUUUGGUUUUGUGUUAAAGAUUGGGGAUUUCAGACAGGCAGGAGCCAUGCAGUACGUCAUGGCUUUCAGACUCAAAUACUGGCUCCUACGUGUCUCAAAACUGUCCAGUUUACCCGCCGAAGCUCGAGCAUGAUUGAUUGCUGUUUCCAGGUUUAUUUCAUCACCCCAUUCUCAAAAAAAGUGUUUUUGUAGCUAGAUAUUUUUCAUAUACCAGUUAGUUGCUAAGCACCUGAAAACAAAUCUAUAAGUGGAAACAUACUGUGCUGCUUUUUUUUUUUUUAACCUAAACCAACUAAAUGCAGGAACGUGAUCAGUUUUCAAAUCAGAGGUUGAACAACAGCUGCUGUCACCAGCCGUAAAGCUCCAUUUACAACCCAGUAUUUCUAUUUCACAACAAAAUGUUGACUGAAAAUUUUACUCCUGUUUUAUUUUACUGGAAAGACAUUUCGAUAUAAAUAAAUUUUCCCCUCAGUCAAAACAAAACAAAAAAAAAAGCCCCAUUUGAAUAAUUGUGUAAAAUUCACAGAGAAUUUUGGGAAAGCAGCCGGCACAGAUCUCAUUGCAUUGUUUUCCUCUCACAGAGUCCAAACCAAAUGCUGCUUGUGGCAGUUCGACAGUGGGGUCUGUCCAAAAAAUGGAAAAAAAGUAUUAGUGGUUACAACCUGAGUGUCACCACUAGGAGCCAGUUCAGCUAUCAGCUAUUAGUCCCAACAUGUUGAGGAUCUUUCUCAAGGGGUGUUGUAAUCUCUCGUCUUUGUUUUAAUUCUGGCAAGAAGAGUUUGCCCAAAAAAAUAAAGAACAUAAUAAAUCACUUUUACUCCACAGCUUAGGCUUCUCCAGCCCAACUUUGUUUUUUUUUUGUUUUUUAAACUUGCUACAGUAUCUUAACCAGACCAUAAAGGGCUACAAUAUCUGAGCGUUAUGAGUACUGCGUCUCCAGGACUCGACUAGGAAACCAUUAGCUGUAGUUCCCACGCCACGAGAG